AAUACAUGAGGUUUCCUGUAUUUAAUUUCCUUUCGUAUGAUUUAUACGUGGGGUUCAAAAGGAAUAGCCUUGGAAAUAAAUGCACGUUUGUCGAACACAGUCGGAUUUUACUAAUAUUUAAAGGUGAUUGAGUCUCUUAAGAAAUCUGCUCAGCAAUUUAGAAUGUCAUCUGGAAGUUCUGGUCGUGGCAAGAAAAGGUCUCGCGCUCAAGCCAAUGGAAGCGAAGAGGGUCAGAGCACAUCGUCUAGUGGCCCAGCUCCUAAAACUACCAAGUCAAAUGCAAACAACAAAUUGAUGAGCACUUCACUGAAAAGGAUACAGAAGGAGCUUGCUGAAAUAACGCUUGAUCCCCCGCCAAAUUGCAGUGCUGGCCCUAAGGGAGACAACUUGUUUGAGUGGGUGUCCACCAUCCUGGGACCCCCUGGCACUGUGUACGAGGGCGGUGUCUUCUUCCUGGACAUUCAUUUCACCCCAGAGUACCCCUUUAAACCUCCCAAAGUGACAUUUCGCACGCGCAUCUACCACUGCAACAUCAACAGCCAGGGCAACAUCUGCCUGGACAUUCUCAAGGACAACUGGUCGCCAGCUCUGACCAUCAGCAAAGUGCUGCUCUCCAUAUGUAGCCUACUUACUGACUGUAACCCCGGGGACCCCCUGGUCGGUUCCAUAGCAACGCUGUACCUGCAAAACCGGCAAGAGCACGAUAGAGUAGCUAGGCAGUGGACCAAACGAUUCGCGACUGGGCUGGAGGCCAGAAACAGUAUUAAUGGUAGUAACGCUAGUAACGGGAAUAGUGACUCGAACAAUGUAUCUGACAGUAACACGCCUAGUCCAGCGUCAGUUUCAUAGUGGGUCUGUGUCUGUCAGUGCGAGGUUUGUGUGGGCGUCUUUGGUGAUGUGACAACGAGUGGUGUAUUUGUUGAGGAAAAAUGGUUAAUUUCUGAAUGAUAAACGUGCUUGAAUCAUAAUGUUUGAACUUGUGUUGUCAUUGAACUAAUGCCACAUACUUCGUGUCUAAGGGGGUAUAAAAAUGGAUUGUUCAAGGUUACCUUGGAUACUGGAGCUUUCUGAGUGUUGCAGUGGGAAAUAAGAAAAACUUGCUGCGUUAUUUACGAGUCGGCAGCAGCCAGCAUGGACAUUAUUGUGAACGAUCUGUGUUUCUGUUCUUUUGCUCCAGUCAUCUGGGGGACACCUACUGGAAUUGGAUUGGUCCUUAAUGAUGUUACAUUUAAGCAACCGCAUGCAAAAAUGGGUCUUGUGCCAUAUGCGACUCUGUCUGAUAAUGAGGCCACAAAACCUUGCAUGAUGUUAUAUACUGACAGUGAUCUUCCUGAUCAGGCUGCGUGAUUUUGACGGUGGGUCUUGAGCUCUCUGGCCUAAGACCCAUUUUCGCAUGCGGUUGCUUAAAUGUAACAUCAUUAAGGACCAUUUAGUUCAAUAGAUUACAAAUUGUUUGUAUUUUGCACUGCAGAUAAUUGUUGAUUAUUCCUCCAAGGGGAUGUAAACAUAGGAAUUAAUUUUUAAGCAUGUGUAUUGAACCAAAGAAUAAAUGAAUGACGUUCGCAUGCCAUUUGUAAAAGUUUUGUUCUCGCCUCUUUUGUUCAACCCUUUACCACAUAUUUUGACGCAUUUGUAGUUCCUUGCCAAGUUAAAUUUAAUUAAAAACCUUUCUUACCAGAUUCAAGUUUGAAAGGCUUCAUUUCCAACACUUAGAUACUGAUACUCUAUGAUUGUUAUGAGCAGCAAACAGCAUAAAACCUGAACAGGCUGCGAGUUACUCAUAGGCUGUUCUGGUUUAAUGCUGUUUGCACACAACAAUUUUCAAUUUGCUUUUGAGUUUGAAAGGGUUAACAAAUAUAUAAUUAUAUAUAGGUAGUGAAAUACAUUUGACAGGCUGAAUUUGUAUUCUUUCCUUGUUGUUACACUCAGGCAAACUGUAUGAUUAACCCUUUCCCCCAUAAGAAGUGAAAAUGGCUUUUGCAACCAGCAUAAAACCAGAACAGCCUGCAAGUAACUUGCACUUUAUACAGGUUUUUUUAUGCUGUUUGCUGCUCAUCAGUAACUAAGGAUUGGAGAUGAAGACUUUAAAACUUGAAUCUGGUAAGAAAGGUCUUUUAUUAAAUGUAACUUUCUAAGGGAUUACAAGUGCAUCCAAAUACAUAUCUAAGUGGUAAAGGAUUAAAAGUAUAAUACAUCCCAAAGAUUUGCCAAUAUUUGGCUGAAAAAAUGUGGUGAAAUAAAAUAUGCAUCCACACCAUUAUUUUGAAGAUAAAAUUAUAUUAUUUAAGUGGACAUUGGCCUUUUUUUGGUUAAAGUUAACACUUACAAAUGGGUUUUUAUUAUUUAUUGUAUUGCAAUUGUUAAAAUUGAUUCAUUCUCCACUUCACUUAUACACAAACAUGUACCAUGUCACUGUUGUUAUUGCUAUGUUUUGCAUUCAUUUAUUAUUAAGAAGAGUAAAGUAAAUGUCUUUUUCAUAAAGUGAGUAGGGUGAAUGAAUUCACUCUGGCAUCUACUUAAUUUUUAGCUCGGCUGUUUUCGGAGAAAACCCGAGGUAUUGUCAUAGCCAGCUCGUCGUCCGCCGUCAGCUGUCCGCCGUAGGCGUCGUGCUUAAACCUUAACAUUGGCUCUAAAAUCAAAGUGCUUCCACCUACAACUUUGACACUUCAUAUGUAGAUGCACCUUGAUAAGUUCUACACGCCUCACCCAUUUUUGGGUCACUAGGUCAAAGGUCAAGGUCACUGUGACCUCUAAUAUAAAACUUUAACAUGGGCUCUAAAGUCAAAGUGCUUCCACCUACAACUUUGAAACUUUAUAUGUAGAUGCACCUUGAUGAGUUCUACACGCCACACCCAUUUUUGGGUCACUAGGUCAAAGGUCAAGGUCACUGUGACCUCUAAUAUAAAACUUUAACAUAGGCUCUAAAAUCAAAGUGCUUCCACCUACAGCUUUGAAACUUCAUAUGUAGAUGCACCUUGAAGAGUUAUACACACCACACCCAUUUUUGGGUCACUAGGUCAAAGGUCAAGGUCACUGUGACCUCCAAAAAAAGAAAAAUUCUGACAAGCUUUUGCAGCCAAGCGUGGCACCCGUUAUGCGGUGCUCUUGUUUAAAAAAGGCACUUGUUCACAGAUUUUUGUUAUCACUAUCGAAUAAUGAAAAUGUAAUUUUUAAAAGUUGAAUAAAUGUUUAAGGAUUCGAACCUCAUGAGACCUCUUGAUUGAAAAGUUGUUUUGCAACCACUUAACAUCUCAUACUUAGAUACACAGUAUAUUUCAAACUUUAUGAACAUAUACAUUGAUUUUCAAAAUUAUUAUUGAGAAGUGUUAAAAAUGCUUUUAUCAUUUACCUAUUUCAAUUGAUAAUUAUGUAUAAGCAAGCCAAAAUUUUGAACAUUUACAUAAUGCAGUUUUUAUUUUGCUUUUUUUACUAUAAUGCAAUUACUAUUUUUUCAAUCUUUGAGAACAAAAAUUGUCAUUUUGCCAAACUGCGAACAUGUCACUUAAAUUUGGUGAAGCAAGAACGCUCGUCAUGCUUAGAUGGUGAAAAGGCGCUUUUAUGUUUUAGAGAUAAUGUGUUAGUAUAUAUUUAUUAAGAAGAUACAUUUUCAAGUCACCGUACAAUUCUGUUUAAUUUAGCAAAACUAUUACCAGUUAUUUCCUUGAAAUAUUUAAAUUAUCCUUCCUGCGAUUAAAAUUCCCGCAUGUGGAAUAUAAUUAUACAGAUAGAAAGAGGGAGAACAUGAGGCAUAUAUGGGCUGUGCUCUUUGAAAAGGGGGUUUAAAGCAUGUGCGUAAAGUGUCAUCCCAGAUUAGCCUGUGCAGUCCGCAUAAGCUAAUAUGGUCUAUACUUUCAGCUUUAUGAUAUUUUUCGUUUAAAGAAAGUCUCUUCCUAGUAUAAAUGUAGAUAAGGCGGAAAGUGUCGUCCCUGAUUAGCCUGUGUGGACUGCACAGGCUAAUCUGGGACGACACUUUGCACACAUGCAUUAAACCCCCUUUUCUCAUGAGACAUAUAUCUAUCUUCAAACAGUUCCAUCUUAUUACAGAAUAGGCCCUUUUAUGGUCAAGAUUUGCAACCACAUGUAGGUAUAUCUACAUCGGAUUAUUUUAAAGACAGGCUUUGCUUGUCAAAAGCCCCUACAAUUUGUUGUGGGCCCCUAGCUUUGCAGACAAAACUCUUACUUCACACAAAUGCUGAACAAGGAUGGGGCAAGGGUAAUUAGAAUGUCCUUUAAUAAUUUUUAUGUCCCCCACUAUAGUAGUGGGGGACAUAUUGUUUUUGCCCUGUCUGUUGGUUGGUUGGUCUGUUGGUUGGUUGGUUGGUUGGUUGGUCUGUUGGUUGGUUUGCGCCAACUUUAACAUUUUGCAAUAACUUUUGCUAUAUUGAAGAUAGCAACUUCAUAUUUGGCAUGCAUGUGUAUCUCAUGAAGCUGCACAUUUUGAGUGGUGAAAGGUCAAGGUCAUCCUUCAAGGUCACAGGUCAAAUAUAUGUGGCCAAAAUCGCUCAUUUUAUGAAUUCUUUUGCAAUAUUGAAGAUAGCAACUUCAUAUUUGGCAUGCAUGUGUAUCUCAUGGAGCUGCACAUUUUGAGUGGUGAAAGGUCAAGGUCAUCCUUCAAGGUCAGAGGUCAAAUAUAUGUGGCCCAAAUCGCUUAUGUUAUGAAUACUUUUGCAAUAUUGAAGAUAGCAACUUGAUAAUUGGCAUGCAUGUGUAUCUCAUGGAGCUGCACAUUUUGAGUGGUGAAAGGUCAAGGUCAUCCUUCAAGGUCAGAGGUCAAAUAUGCGUGGCCCAAAAAGCUUAUUUUAUGAAUACUUUUGCAAUAUUGAAGAUAGCAACAUGAUAUUUGGCAUGCAUGUGUAUCUCAUGGAGCUGCACUUUUUUUUUUAUCCAAAUGGCUUUUCUCCUCGCUUAGCAAGAUUCAUAGAAGGAUGUUACAAUGGACUGGUUUAGAAGGCUGUUACAAUUGACUGGUUAAGAAGGGUUAUACAAUGGACUGGUUAAGUUUAGAAGGCUGUUACAAUGGACUGGUUUAGAAGGCUGUUACAAUGGACUGGUUUAGACAGUCUGGUGACCUUUUGGUUUUCACCAAUCCAGGGUAGUUUUUCUUUAGCUAUGUCCUUAUUUUGUGACUUUUUCAAGCAGUUGUGUACAUUAAAAAGGUCCCUCAUUAAAUUGUGUUUGUUUUUAAAUUUCAUUAGGUAUGAAGAAUGCUUUGUUCAAAAAUGCAUUUUUGGGCAGAUAUUGGUCUAUUUGUAUGAAGUUCUACUUUGAAUAUCAUUCAUAGAGAUUAAAUCGAAGACCCAUGUUAUUUGUCUUUAUAGGUAGAUGUCCUAUAUAUAUAUAUAUAUUAUGUUGCAUGAGUUAUAAUUUUGCGAGUACCUUUUGUUUUAAAUAUGAUUAUUAAUUGACAAUGAUUUUAUUACUGUAUUUUGUCUACGGUCAACAAUAAAAUUGUUAAAUUUAUAA